GAUGUUCAGUUUGCACACAAAUAUAAGUGCACAACAUGUGCACAGCUCUCUGACUUCAAUUUAUGAAAACUAGGCCCAUAAUAUAGCAAGACUAUUUAUUAUUGGUAAUUUUAGAAUGGAGGCAGUACACACACGUGUGCAUGUGCGUGCGUGUGCGUGCGUGCGUGCGCGCACACACACACACACACACUGGCUAAACUGCUUGGAACAUAUUUCUGGACUGUCUCUGUUUUUCCUAGUGUGCUUAUCUGCAUUCUGUUCCAUUAAAGGACUGGCUAGGGAUCUUAUUUUGCUUAUUGUAGCUAUAACGGGGCACAAGCUAAAUUCAAAACAAAGCAGCAUGGACAAAGACCUAUAUUUGGAGAUCAGACUGUCUCCAUUAACCCAUUGAAAAGCCUAAGAUCAAAUUUACAUAUUUACAAUUUAAAAGAGAAUGUGGUAUUUUUCACUUUAUACAUACAUCUUCAGGAAGCAGAUAGUAGUGUAUUUGUCCCUUACAGGCUUUUUAGGUAGAAAUACUUCUCCAUUACUCUUCCUCCCUGAUUUAUUUUUUUCUCUCUUUACUAAGUCUCCACAUUUGUAUCAUCUUUAAUUUUCCCUUGAGUUCUUUGAUACUGCCUUGUAGUUUUCCACUCACUGACUUCUUGUUUUCACAAGAGGAAGAAUUUCACAAGGUCAUUGUACAGAUUCCAUUCCUUGGUACUGUGGAUCAAUUCCACCCUUCCCUGGCUUGUGUACCCUCUCCCUUUGGUAAGGAUAUGGGGAAGGAGUUUGUGGGAGUUAAUGCACCAAUCUUUGGCUAAUCAAAGUGCAGAGAGAGUGAUCAUCAGUUUCUUAGCCUACUGCCUGACUGUAUGUCUAGGAAAAAAUGUUGACAAUGCUAAUAUAAUAAAGGGCUUAGUCAGACAGUCUGUCUGUCCAUAACACACUUGGAGCACUCUAAUCAGUUACUGAAACAACUAAUUAGAGUGCUCCAAGAACGUCAUGGACAGGCGGCGGUGUGGCGGAGCACUGCCAUGACUGCAGGACAGAAGGGGCGGAAUGGCGGGAGCAAGGCCAGCGCCUCUGGUCUCACCCCCCCUCCUGACCCUGAUCCCUGAAGGUGGUGGAGCACUGGCAGGGAUGGAGUCAGGGGCAAGGCGCUCACCCGCUUCCCCUGGUCCUACUUCCUGGAGGUGGCAGCAGAGCGUUGCCAUGACAGAUGGGACGGAGCGGAGAGAGUGGGCGGGGCGAGGUGCUAACCUCACCCCCACCUAUAGACUUGCUCCCCGGAGACAUUGGAAUGCCACUGUGACUGCAGGGAUGGAGGGGAGUUGGCUGCUUCUUGGAGGUGGCGGCAGCAUAGGCUACCAGCAGAGGGGGAUGGUGGGGCAAGCUUCCCCCUCCCCUCCCCCGCUCUUGGGAAGCGGUGGUGGCACGGGGGUGUGGGGGUUAGGGUUACAGUUAGGGUUAGUAAGCUUACCCCCAUCCCCUCCUGCUCCAAAUCCCUCCCCCAGCCGCCCAUCUUUCUUGAUGGGCAAUUUGCUAGUCCAUUAAGUAAAGGCAGAGUUAUAAUUGAGAGGCUGGAAUGCAAGACAACUGAAUGAAAAGCCUUCACCUCCAGCAAAAGCCAAAAGAUAGGAAGGUUAGCAUAAUCCUGAAGGGAAACUUUACCAUAUUUACCAGCAGUAGUGAUCUGGAAACUUGUCUGCAACCCAGUUUUCACAUAGGCUAGGGACAGACAUUACACACAAACUGGUUUCAGUGUUCAGAAACUGGUUUUAAGCUGUAACAGAACAGAUGUUCAGUGCACAUAAACCAGUCUGAAAAUGCCUGAAACUGGUUUGUGAUAAACCUGGUUGAAUGUAGUAUCAGACUUAACUGAUUUGGGUCAAACCAGUUUAUGCAAUGUCUGUCCCAGACCCCUUGCUGGUUUAAGUUAAAUCAGAGUCCUCCAGCAUUCCAGAUGCUUUGCAACCCUUGGCAGGGCUCUGCUCUCUAUUCCAGCCUGGCAGCACUGGCCCCACCCCUCUGCUCCCUGGCUGCAGCUCUGACAGAGACUGCAGGUACAUUGGGAUCUGCCUGGCUUCCUCCUGCUCCCGCCGUCCCCCUCACCACUCCCUGUUCAAGCAGGAGUUCCUCCCUUCGCCUCUGCCUUACACAGACACCUCUCAGCAUUAGCUAGCAUACCACAUGCUGGCUACGGUACGUGCUGUGGGAGGCAGGACAAAGGCAGACAGAACAGUGUCCGCUUAGGUCUUUUUUAAGCUAAUCAACAGGUAGCUGGUAAUGUCCCUUCAUUCCUUGCUUGGAAAAAGUUGUUUAAUAAGAGGUUGAACUAAUGAGAGAGGCUUUGUUUUUGUCUGAUGGGCUGAUAACUCCCUGUGUAACUCCCUGCUGUGUAACUAAGUGCUCAAUAGACAGUGGCAGGGAACCCCUCCCUAAUCAGAGCAUCCUGCUGGGGCCUGGCCAUGCCCUCCUCAGCUCAGCAUUGUGGAAGGGAAGGGAUGGCUGUUGUAGCACCCCCGUUGUCCCCACCUUCGGCUUUUAGCCUGAGCCACUGCAGGCAUGUGUCUGCAUUUUUAGAAUGAAAAGGGAAUGUCUAUCCACCUCAGAAUUGGCUCAAGCUUUGCAGGUUAGACUAACCUCCAAAGAUUGAAUCAAUUCUGGCUCAGGCUUUUUGAAUGUCUGUCCCUAGCCAUGCAGAUCUACCAAAACAAAAAGAACAACAUAAGUAAAGUUCAUCUUACAGCAUUCAGAGCCACACAUACCAGAUCUAGUUACUUGCUUUUGUAUGUGCCAAUGAAAGAAGAGCGCCCUAAUUAUCUCAGUGUACUUUGAAGUUUAAAUAUAGACUUUUCUUUUUUUAGAAAAUAUAGACUUCUCUGUUACAGAAACGUGAAUGCUCUGGUGCUUGGAUUAUGGAAAUUAUUGCAAGUAACACAUUCUGCUGCAAGUACAAUUUAGUUUGUGAUCUGUUCUAUCUGUUUUUGGGAAGAUGUAUUUUAGUAUCUUGUUUUAUUAUGGUUUUAGAUGGAGCUUUCAAACAGAUCAACAGCACCUACUGAAAAAGAGAGUUGGAGCGUGCGGUUGCCACCGAUCGUCUUUCCUACAGCAAUCACAGCUGAUGUCUCACCAACACACAAUAAGCUAUUGAAACACCGAAGAUUCAAGGAACAGCAAAAGAUGCUUCAUCAGAUAGUAAUGGAUCGAGCUUUAAAAGACUAUCAAGCAACCACGGAAGAACUAUAUCAGAGAGUUCCUACACCUCCAGAGCCAGAAUUGCCUUCCACUAUGAAUAGUGAACAAAAAAAGCGAAGAAUCAACUAUCUCUUUAUGAAGGAGUGUGUGGCCAGUAACCCAGUAGUUCCUAUUCAACAGCAGUGGCUUAUGUCCAUGCUCAAAUGUGUUCCUGAGUCCCUCAGAGAAGGCAAGGACAGAAAGUUACUGGUUGAAGAGCUUUUUGGUGAGGUAACAAGGGAUUUUGAAAUGAGCAUGAAGAGAUGUGUAGUGCGAAGUGUUCUUAUAAAACCUAAUGUAAAAGGACUUGAAGAUGAAAAGGAGGAACCUUUACCUGUAUCACCACUAGGCCUGGAUUUUUCUAGACCAUGGCAUGAGAGUUUUAUACAAGCAAAAAAUCAAAUAAUUUCAAACUUACACAUUCUUCAUCCUACCCUGAAAAUUUUACUGGAUAUUGGUUACACAACAUUUUCCAAAAUACUUGUAGUGGAUUUGUCAAGUUUCAGGUUGAAAGGUCCAGUUGAAUGUGAAUCACUGAAGAAUGAUGUAUCUUUAAGCUGCUCAAAAACAGAAGAAAAGUUACUGAGCACAUGGUAUCCAAGAGUUAUCAAUCUCUUUACCAGAAAGGAAGCAUUAAAGGGUGUCAAGUCAGACAAAGCUGACUCUUUUUAUAAUUGUGUGGCUACACUUAUGUCUAAUCAGCUGAAAGAGCUGUUGAGAAGAACUGUUGAAGCUUAUGUGAAGCUCUUUGAUCCUGAGGACAAAAGAAGCCUACUGCUAUUUAAAAUGGAAUUGACUUUUGAUGAUGAGAAAAUGGAGUUUUAUCCAAGCUUUCAAGAUCUGGAAGACACCAUUCUGUUUAUAGUGACUCGGAUAGGGCAGACUCUUCAGCAUGUUCAAACCGUACAUUCUUGGCUAGCAGGAGGGGCCACAGCUACAACCCUGGACACUGAACUUGCUGAUCAUGUAAUAGCUUGGGCCUCAUCUACACUGAAAAAAGCAAUCCAGGACAACUUGGAAGGUCCAAAAGAAUAUUUUGAAAGCUAUGUUGAAAGGUAUGGCUGGCUUGUAGAUGGAACUGCACAAGUGCGAAUAGAUACCUUUGAAGCAGAGAAGCACAGUUUUGAUGAAUAUACUAUUUUCAUAGAUGAAUUCCUCAGUCUGGCUAAGGAAAUUAUGAGUUUACCCCAGCUGGCUCAUUUUCCUAUGAUGCGCUUGGACUGUGAUGAUUUGAAGCAAGGUUUGGCUGAUAAAGCAAAAAGCUUUGCAAACAUGCUGCUGGAAAGGAUAGUUGCUAAUCACAGAGAAGAAAAUGAAAAGAUAUGCCAGGAAUUUGAAACAAUUAAAGAUCAUGCUUUAAAAGUUCCUGAGACAACAGAAGAAAUGAUGGAAACAAUAACUUAUGUAGAAAAAGCAAAAACCACAGGUAUUCAAGAGCUGAUUGUAAGGAUCAAGGAAUGCCAUCAGCGAAUGAAUUACCUUUUAGAUGUUUUUAUCUUUACUCCUGAAGAUCUGAUGCUGAAUGCAACAGUCCUUCUGUGGCCUCAGAAGAUUAAUCCCAUUUUUGAUGAAAACGAUGAUCUUAUUGAACAAUCUAAACGUAAAGGUGAAAGUGAACUACUGGCCAAACGUGAGAGGCUUAUGUUGGAAGUAGAAAAACAGACACGCAUUAUGGAAGAAUUUGAAGAAUAUGCUGAAUUGGAUCGCAUGCAACAGUAUGUGACUGACAUGAGGGCAUUACAGAAACGCAUACAAGAAGCUGAUGAAGCGGUUGCUUUUAUUAAUAAGGAAGAGAGACUUUUCAAGUGGGAGCUGACUGAGUAUCCAGUCCUUGAGAACUUAAAAGUUAAUAUUGAGCCAUAUCAGAAACUGUUUGGUCUUAUACUGAAAUGGCAACGAACAGAAAAACGAUGGAUGGAUGGUGCUUUCUUAGAUCUAAAUGGAGAAAUCAUGGAGUCUGAGAUAGAUGAGGUUUUUCGAGAGCUAUACAAAAUGUCCAAGGUCUUUCAACAAAAACAGAAGAAAGCAGAGCAAGAAAAGAGGAAGACAACGCAGCGCAGAACCUUAGUAGAAGAGAAGAUAGAAGAAGAAAAAAAGGCAAAUCCAACUAUUAAAAUGUGUUCUGCUGUACUGGAGCAGAUCAAAGACUUUAAGGAAUAUAUCCCUACAGUGACUAUCCUUUGUAACCCUGGCAUAAGGACUCGCCACUGGCAGCAGAUGUCAGAUAUAAUAGGAUAUGAUUUAACUCCAGACUCUGGAACUACCCUGAGAAAAGUUUUAAAGCAGAACCUUGGCCCUUAUCUGGAACAAUUUGAAACCAUAAGUAUAGGUGCAAGUAAGGAAUUUUCCUUAGAGAAGGCAAUGCAUACUAUGAUGGAAACCUGGGAUUCAGUGUCCUUCAAUACAAGCAUUUAUCGUGAGACUGGAGUUCGUAUUCUGUCUUCAGUAGAUGAAAUUCAGACUAUUCUAGAUGAUCAGAUUGUAAAAACUCAAACAAUGAGAGGAUCACCUUUCAUUAAACCAUUUGAAAAAGAAAUCAAGGAAUGGGAAGAUCAUCUGAUUCGAGUUCAGGAGAUUAUCGAUGAAUGGCUGAAAGUGCAAGCUCAGUGGCUUUACUUGGAACCCAUCUUUUCUUCAGAGGACAUCAUGCAACAGAUGCCAGAGGAGGGACGUCUCUUCCAGACUGUAGACAGAUAUUGGAGAGACAUUAUGAAAUAUUGUACCAAAGACCCUAAAGUUCUUUCUGCCACUUCAUUGACAGGUUUAUUAGAGAAGCUUCAGAACUGUAAUGAGCUUCUGGACAAAAUCAUGAAAGGACUUAAUGCUUAUCUUGAGAAAAAGCGUCUCUUCUUUCCUCGAUUUUUCUUCUUAUCCAAUGAUGAAAUGUUGGAGAUUUUGUCAGAAACUAAAGAUCCUCUUAGAGUUCAGCCUCACUUGAAAAAAUGUUUCGAGGGCAUUGCUAAACUGCAUUUCCUUCCUAAUCUGGAUAUUAAGGCAAUGUUCAGCUCUGAAGGGGAACGAGUUGAACUGAUUUCAACCAUUUCUACUUCUGAAGCUCGAGGUGCAGUGGAGAAGUGGCUGGUCCAAGUUGAAGAUAUUAUGCUAAGGAGUAUACAUGAUGUUAUAACUAAUGCAAGAGAGGCAUAUCCAGAGACUGAGAGAAAAAAAUGGGUUCUGGAGUGGCCCGGACAGGUGGUUCUGUGCGUAUCUCAAAUGUUCUGGACAAGUGAGGUACAUGAAGCCAUUUGCAGUGGGCCAGAGGGUUUACUUGAUUAUUAUGACACACUUCAACUUCAGCUUAAUGAUAUUGUGGAUUUGGUAAGAGGAAAAUUAUCUAAGCAAACACGAACUACACUAGGUGCUUUGGUGACUAUUGAUGUGCAUGCUAGAGAUGUCGUCAUGGAAAUGAUUAAAAGUGGUGUGGAAAAUGAAACAGACUUUCAGUGGCUCGCUCAACUGCGAUAUUAUUGGGAAUAUGAGAAUGUUCGUGUCCGCAUCAUUAAUUGCAAUGUAAAAUAUGCCUAUGAAUACCUUGGAAACUCACCUCGACUUGUCAUUACUCCACUUACGGAUAGGUGUUACCGCACAUUGAUUGGAGCUUUUUAUCUAAACCUUGGUGGUGCCCCAGAGGGCCCAGCAGGAACAGGCAAAACUGAGACCACCAAAGACUUGGCUAAGGCUCUUGCUGUGCAAUGUGUUGUCUUCAACUGUUCUGAUGGCCUUGAUUAUCUGGCAAUGGGGAAGUUUUUUAAGGGUUUGGCUUCUUCAGGUGCUUGGGCUUGUUUUGAUGAGUUCAAUCGCAUUGAGCUAGAAGUACUGUCUGUGGUGGCUCAGCAGAUUCUUUGCAUUCAGAGAGCCAUACAGAUGAAGGUGGAAACAUUUAAUUUUGAAGGGACUGAACUGAAGCUCAAUCCCAACUGUUUUGUAGCUAUUACCAUGAAUCCAGGUUAUGCAGGACGGUCUGAGCUGCCAGACAACCUCAAGGUUCUUUUCCGAACAGUAGCCAUGAUGGUUCCUAACUAUGCCCUGAUAGCAGAAAUCUCUCUCUACUCAUAUGGAUUUCUGAAUGCUAAGCCAUUAUCAGUAAAGAUAGUCAUGACCUACAGGCUUUGUUCAGAACAGCUUUCCUCUCAGUUUCAUUAUGACUAUGGCAUGCGAGCAGUUAAAGCUGUAUUAGUGGCUGCUGGUAAUCUAAAGCUGAAAUUCCCAAAGGAGAAUGAAGAUAUCCUGCUUCUUCGAUCAAUCAAAGAUGUGAAUGAGCCAAAAUUUUUGUCACACGAUAUACCUCUGUUCAUGGGAAUAACUAGUGAUUUAUUCCCUGGUGUUAAACUGCCUGAAGCAGAUUACAAUGAUUUUCUGGAAUGUGCCAAUGAAUGCUGUAUAAAGCAUAAUGUUCAGCCUGUUAAAGUUUUUAUGGAGAAAGUUAUACAGACUUAUGAAAUGAUGAUUGUCAGACAUGGUUUUAUGCUUGUAGGAGAGUCUUUCUCUGGGAAGACCAAAGUUCUGCAUGUGUUGGCAGAUACACUCUCUCUUAUGAAUGAACGUGGAUAUGGCGAAGAAGAAAAAGUAAUUUUUAGAACUGUGAAUCCAAAAUCUAUCACCAUGGGUCAACUUUUUGGACAGUUUGAUCUUGUGUCUCAUGAGUGGACAGAUGGAAUUGUUGCUAACACUUUCCGGGAAUUUGCUUUAGCUGAGACACUUGAACGCAAAUGGGUUAUUUUUGAUGGCCCUAUUGAUACUCUAUGGAUUGAGAGUAUGAACACAGUGCUGGAUGACAAUAAAAAGCUUUGUUUGAUGAGUGGGGAAAUCAUCCAAAUGUCUCCUCAGAUGAGUCUCAUCUUUGAAACAAUGGACCUGUCUCAGGCUUCACCAGCUACAGUCAGUCGUUGUGGUAUGAUUUAUUUGGAGCCUUCACAGCUAGGCUGGAUGCCACUGGUAACUUCUUGGUUGAGCAAACUGCCAGAACCCCUGAAUGAAAAGGAAUAUCAAGUUCUUUUGCUUGGGCUUUUUAACUGGUUAGUUCCAGCAGCCUUAAGAGUUCAUCAAAAACAGUGCAAGGAGCUGGUUCCCACAAGCAACAGCAACACUGUUGUGUCUUUAACUCGACUUUUUGAAAUGUUGCUAUGUAAAACUCUCCAAGAGGAUCCUACAAACAAAAACAUCCGCUCAUGGAUUAUGGCUUGCUUUGCUUUCUCUUUGAUUUGGUCCAUUGGUGGAAGUUGUGACAGUGAUAGUCGAGUUAUUUUUGAUGCUUUCCUGAGGGAAAUUGUAGCAGGGAAGUCUGAAUCCAGUCCAGUACCACCAGUUGUGGGUAAAUGGGACUGUCCCUUUGAUGAUAAAGGCUUGGUCUAUGACUACAUGUAUGAGUUGAAAGGUAGAGGACGCUGGGUACAUUGGAAUGAAUCCAUUAAAAGCAUUAAAUAUGGUGAUAACAAAAGUGUUAAGAUUCAAGAUAUCAUCGUUCCAACAAUAGAUACAGUCAGAUAUACCUAUUUAAUGGACUUAUGCAUCACCUAUGGAAAACCAUUGCUUUUAGUGGGACCAACAGGUACUGGGAAAUCUGUCUAUGUAAAGGACAAGCUAAUGAAUAAUUUGGAAAAGGAGUGCUACUUUCCAUUCUUCAUUAAUUUUUCAGCACGGACCAGUGCCAAUCAAACCCAGAAUAUUAUAAUGGCCAGGCUAGACAAAAGACGUAAAGGAGUAUUUGGCCCUCCUAUGGGAAAGAAGUGUGUCAUCUUUGUGGAUGAUAUGAAUAUGCCUGCUUUGGAGAAAUAUGGAGCUCAGCCUCCUAUUGAACUUUUAAGACAGUUUUUUGAUCAUGGAAUUUGGUAUGAUUUAAAGGAUACUUCUAAAAUUACACUGGUUGAUGUGCAGCUGAUAGCUGCUAUGGGACCUCCAGGUGGUGGAAGGAAUCCUGUUACAUCUCGGUUUCUGCGACACUUCAACAUUUGCACCAUUAAUUCCUUUAGCGAUGAAACUAUGGUCCGUAUCUUCUCUACCAUAGUAGCCUUCUACCUCCGAAAUAAUGAAUUCGCCCCUGAAUUCUUCACAAUUGGAAACCAGAUUGUCAGUGGUACUUUAGAGGUGUAUAAGAAAGCCAUGAAAAACCUCCUGCCCACACCAGCCAAAUCCCAUUAUACAUUCAAUCUGCGUGACUUUUCACGUGUUAUCCAAGGCUGCUUGCUCAUUAAGAAAGAAUCAGUUGAAAAAAAGCAAACAAUGAUUCGUCUCUUUGUUCAUGAAGUAUUUCGAGUAUUUUAUGACCGCCUCGUUGAUGAUGCUGAUAGAGCCUGGUUGUUCAGAUUGGUGAAAGAUAUAGUGAAAGAGCAUUUCAAAGAAGGAUUUGACCAAGUUUUUGCACAUCUUAAACAAGGGAGUGCAGCUGUGACUGAGGAAGAUACUAGGAGUUUAGUAUUUGGUGACUAUAUGACCCCUGACCUUGAAGGAGAUGAAAGACUUUAUAUUGAAAUUCCAAGUGUUCAACAGUUCAGUGAUGUUGUGGAGCAGUGUUUAGAUGAAUAUAACCAAACCCACAAGACAAGAAUGAACCUUGUAAUUUUCAGGUACGUGUUGGAACAUUUGUCUCGGAUAAGCCGUAUUUUGAAGCAGUCAGGUGGAAAUGCCUUACUUGUUGGAAUGGGAGGAAGUGGACGUCAGUCCUUGACUCGUCUGGCUACAUUCAUGGCAAAAAUGUGUGUUUUUCAGCCAGAGAUCUCUAAGAGUUAUGGUUUGAAUGAGUGGAGGGAUGAUCUGAAGAACCUGUUGAAGAAUGCAGGUGUGAAGGGCUUGAAAACUGUUUUUAUAAUCACAGACACGCAGAUUAAAGAAGAAGCUUUUUUGGAAGAUAUUGACAGUGUGCUCAAUACUGGGGAAGUACCCAACCUUUUUGCACCAGAUGAAAAACAAGAGAUUAUGGAGGGUGUUCGUGUAGUAGCUCAAGCUGGCAGUAAACAUGAAGAACUCAGUCCUUUGGCCUUGUUUGCUUUCUUUGUGAACCGCUGCAAAGAAAAUCUCCAUGUAGUAGUUGCAUUCAGCCCAAUUGGAGAUGCUUUCCGCAAUCGUCUAAGACAGUUCCCAUCCCUCAUCAACUGUUGUACUAUUGACUGGUUCCAGCCCUGGCCUGAAGAAGCCCUUGAACGUGUGGCUAAUAAGUUCUUAGAAACACUUCAGCUCACAGACAAUGAACGUCAAGAAGUUGUACCCAUCUGUAAACACUUCCAUACUUCUGUUUUGUCACUCUCUUCAAAAUUCUUGCAAGACUUAGGACGACAUAAUUAUGUCACUCCUACAUCUUACCUUGAACUUAUUGCUGCCUUCCGACAACUUCUGACUCAGAAACGUGACACUGUGAUGAAAGCAAAAAAAGGAUAUAUAAAUGGACUAGAUAAACUAGCUUUUGCUGAAUCGCAGGUUGGAGAAAUGAAGCAAGAAUUGGUUGAUUUGAAGCCUAAACUGGAGCAAGCUAAACUGGAUAAUGCAAAUAUGAUGAAGAUUAUAGAGAAGGAGUCUGCAGAAGUGGAAGCAAAAAGGAAAACUGUGAAAAUAGACGAAGAGAUUGCAACAGAGAAAGCAGCAGAAGCCCAGGAAUUGAAAAAUGAAUGUGAGAGUGACCUGGCAGAAGCAAUUCCAGCCCUUGAAGCAGCACUUGCUGCACUUGACACUCUGAAGCCUUCUGACAUAACAAUUGUGAAAUCAAUGAAAAAUCCUCCAUCUGGUGUCAAACUAGUGAUGGCUGCUGUCUGUGUCAUGAAAGAUAUAAAACCUGAAAAAAUUGCAGAUCCUACAGGGACCGGAGGCAAGGUCUUUGAUUACUGGGGGCCUAGCAAGAAACUUCUGGGUGACAUGAAUUUCUUGAAGGAUCUGAAAGAAUAUGACAAAGAUAAUAUUCCAGUGGCUGUCAUGCAGAAGAUUCGUUCUGACUAUCUGACUAAUCCUGAGUUUGAUCCCCCUAAGGUGGCUAAAGCAUCUUCAGCAGCUGAGGGUUUGUGUAAAUGGAUUAUGGCAAUGGAAGUCUAUGACAGAAUUGCAAAGGUGGUUGCUCCUAAGAAAGCCCGUUUAGGAGAAGCGCAGCAGUCUUUAGCAGAGACUUUGGCACUAUUAAAUCAGAAGAGAGAUGAGCUUACAUCAGUGGAAAAUCGUUUGGCAGCUUUGCAACAAACCUUUGAGGAAAAAACUGAAGAAAAGGCUCGUCUAGAAUUCCAGGUGGAUCUGUGCGCUAAGAAACUAGAAAGAGCAGAAAAGUUGAUUGGAGGCCUUGGUGGAGAAAAAUCAAGAUGGUGUAAUGCUGCAAAAGAUCUUCAAAAUACCUAUGAUAAUUUGACAGGAGAUGUUCUGGUAUCAGCUGGAGUAAUAGCUUAUCUGGGUGCUUUCACUGCUGGUUUCCGACAAGAGUGUACAAAAGAUUGGAGCAAGUUGUGCAAGGAGAAAAACAUCCCUUGUUCUGAGAAUUUCUCUUUGAGUAAAACCCUUGGUGACCCAAUAAAAAUCCGAGCCUGGAAUAUUGCUGGAUUGCCAACAGACAUGUUUUCUAUAGAUAACGGUGUGAUUGUUGAUAACUCCAGACGCUGGCCGUUAAUGAUUGAUCCACAGGGUCAAGCAAAUAAAUGGAUAAAGAACUUUGAGAAAGAAAACCAGCUGAGUGUUAUUAAGCUCACAGAUACAGACUACAUGAGAACUUUGGAGAACUGCAUUCAGUUUGGAACUCCGCUUCUGCUAGAAAAUGUUGGAGAAGAACUAGAUCCAUCACUCGAACCCCUGCUGCUUAGACAAACUUUUAAACAAGGGGGAAUGGAUUGUAUCAGGCUUGGUGAGGCAAUUAUUGAGUAUUCCAGUGAUUUCAGAUUCUUUAUUACUACAAAACUAAGAAAUCCACAUUAUUUGCCUGAACUAGCUACAAAAGUUUCUUUACUCAACUUUAUGAUAACUCCAGAGGGACUUGAAGACCAGUUGCUAGGUAUUGUUGUUGCAAAGGAAAGACCAGAAUUAGAAGAGGAGAGGAAUGCUCUCAUCCUUCAGUCUGCGGCCAAUAAUAAACAGCUAAAAGAAAUUGAGAAGAAAAUUUUAGAGACUUUACAAGUAUCGGAAGGGAAUAUACUGGAAGAUGAGACUGCAAUUAUGGUCUUAGACUCUGCUAAAAUAAUGUCUAAUGAAAUCACUAAGAAGCAACAAGUUGCAGAGAAAACAGAAAUUAAAUUAGCAGAAUCUCGAGAAGGCUAUAGACCCAUUGCAAAGCAUUCAUCAGUGCUCUUCUUCAGUAUUGCAGACCUGGCUAACAUUGAUCCCAUGUACCAGUACUCUCUCAGUUGGUUUGUUAACCUCUUUAUCAACUCAAUUCAUGACAGUAAUAAAUCUAAAAUUUUGGAGAAGCGCCUUCGUUACUUGAAUGAUCACUUCACAUACAACUUGUAUUGUAAUGUGUGUCGCUCUUUGUUUGAGAAGGACAAGCUGCUGUUUUCCUUUUUACUAUGCUGUAACCUUCUCAUGGCUAAGAAAGACAUAGAACUUCAAGAAUUUAUGUUCUUAUUAACUGGAGGAGUAGGUCUCAAGAACAAAUACAAGAACCCAGAUCCAUCGUGGCUACCAGAUAAGAGCUGGGAUGAAUUGUGUCGUGCAAGUGAAAUUCCAGCUUUUAGAGGACUAAGGAAUCAUGUUACUGAAAACAUAAGUGAAUGGCGAAAAAUCUACGAUGAUAAAGAUCCACAAAACCUUCCUUUACCAAAACCAAUGAAUACGAUGUUGAAUGAGCUACAAAAGAUGAUCAUUAUUCGGUGCCUCAGACCAGACAAGAUUAGUCUGGCCAUAACAAUCUUUGUAACGGAUAAACUGGGGAAGAAGUUUGUAGAGCCACCACCAUUUGAUCUAACAAAAAGUUACUUGGAUUCAAACUCAACAAUCCCACUAAUAUUUGUGCUAUCUCCAGGAGCAGAUCCUAUGUCCAGUCUUCUGAAAUUUGCAAAUGAUAAAAGCAUGGUUGGAAAUAAGUUUCAAGCCAUCUCACUGGGACAAGGACAAGGACCUAUUGCUGCAAAAAUGAUUAAAGAAGGAAUGGAAGAAGGGACCUGGGUUUGCUUGCAGAAUUGUCAUCUGGCUGUUUCCUGGAUGCCAAUGCUAGAGAAAAUCUGUGAAGAAUUUAACAGUGAAACCUGUCAUCCUUUCUUCAGACUUUGGCUCACCAGUUAUCCAUCUCCUAAGUUUCCAGCUACCAUUCUGCAGAAUGGAGUAAAGAUGACAAAUGAACCUCCUACUGGCCUCCGGUUAAACCUACUACAAUCGUAUCUUUCUGAUCCCAUUUCUGAUCCCAGUUUCUUCUCUGGCUGCCCUGAAAAGGAGUUGAUAUGGGAAAAAUUGCUGUUUGGGGUUUGCUUUUUUCAUGCUCUGGUUCAGGAAAGAAGGAAAUUUGGGCCUCUUGGUUGGAAUAUCCCCUAUGGAUUUAAUGAAUCAGAUUUGCGAAUCAGUAUCAGACAGCUGCAGUUAUUCAUAAAUGAGUAUAACCAGGUGCCAUUUGAAGCUAUAUCUUAUCUAACGGGUGAAUGUAACUAUGGAGGUCGAGUGACAGAUGAUUGGGACAGACGUUUGCUACUGACUAUGCUGGAUGAUUUUUAUAAUCCAGAUAUAAUUGAAAAUCCACAUUACAGAUUUUCUCCCAGUGGGAACUACUACGCGCCACCAAAAGGAACCUAUGAGGACUAUCUUGAAUUUAUUAAGAAUCUUCCAUUUAGUCAACAGCCAGAGGUGUUUGGGUUGCAUGAAAAUGUGGAUAUUUCAAAGGAUCUCCAGCAAACAAAACUCCUCUUCGAGUCUCUGAUAUUAACACAAGGAGGAAGCACACAGGGAGGCUCUACUGGCAGCAGCGACAGUACUUUGUAUGAAAUAGCUGACGAUGUUCUCAGCAAGCUUCCAAAUGAUUUUGACAUUGAGGCUUCACUACUAAAGUAUCCUGUGAGAUAUGAAGAAAGUAUGAACACUGUGCUGGUGCAAGAAAUGGAGAGAUUUAACAAUUUAAUCCGGACUAUACGUAUUACUUUAAUAAACCUGAAAAAGGCUAUUAAAGGUUUGGUGGUUAUGGAUUCAGAGCUGGAGGCCCUGUGUGGCAGUCUGCUUAUUGGAAAAGUUCCAGAAAGCUGGGCUCAGCGUUCAUACCCAAGUCUUAAACCAUUGGGGAGUUAUAUCCUGGAUUUUCUAGCUAGGCUGAAAUUCUUACAGGAUUGGUAUGAAUUAGGGAAGCCCACUGUUUUUUGGCUGUCAGGAUUCUAUUUUACUCAAGCCUUUUUAACUGGAGCAAUGCAGAACUAUGCCAGGAAGUACACCAUCCCCAUUGACCUCCUGGGAUAUGAAUUUCAGGUUAUUCCUACAGAUACAUCUGAUACUGCACCAGAAGACGGUGUUUAUAUCCAUGGAUUAUUCUUAGAUGGAGCUCGCUGGGACAGGACCAAAGGAAUACUAGCUGAGCAGUAUCCCAAAUUGCUCUUUGACAUGAUGCCAAUCAUUUGGAUAAAACCAAAUAAAAAAUCAGACAUAAAGAAAUCUAAUGCCUACAUUUGUCCACUGUACAAGACAAGUGAGCGUAAAGGAACCUUAUCAACUACUGGACAUUCCACUAACUUUGUCAUUGCGCUGUUGCUAGACACUGAUCAACCAGUCCAGCACUGGAUCAAGCGAGGUGUUGCUCUGCUCUGCCAGCUGGAUGACUAACUUUGAGGAAAUCAGAUUCAAAUGUCACCAUAUAUGUCUUGCUCUUUCUCCGGGGUACAGGAAAUACAGCAUGCUGUGUCAAAGGGACAGCUUUAUAUUUUGGAGAUCCAGUAAACUUUUUCUUAAUCCUUAAUAUUUUUAAUUAAAUGAAUAUGUGAUGUUACUUACUACUAUCUUUGAAAUGAAUCUGGCGUAUUCAUUUGAUACAUUUUCAGCAUAGGAUCCCGUGCAAGUGUACAGGUGUUUUUGUUCCCUCUUUUAAUAUUGCAAAAUUAUCUUGAGGAAAAAGUGAAAACUGUUCAAUCUCCUCUAUGGGAAGCUUUAUAGUACUAGAGAACUUCAAAUGUCCAGAUGUACCAGCAUUCAAGCAUCCAGAUGCACAAGCAGACUCUCAGAAAUAUAGCUUUCUCCAUCUCUGCCAUUAUGCCAGGUUCCAGCAGAGGGACAAAGUGGAAUGUGAAUACACACCUGAUUCAAAUAGUAAAAAAAAAUACAGAAGCUAACUUUCUGUACCCAAUGCUAAAAAUUUCCUUUAUAUGAAUAUAUAAAAACUUGCAAAGCCCCAUAGCUUUUGAUACAUGGCAUUCAUCUUAGCCUAGGUUCAUCCUCACUCCAUGUACACAUGAGUAUUUAUAUUUAUCAUUUUUUUUAUGAAUUGCAUUAACAUGAAAAUUAUAGUUGGACAGGUUGUGAACAAUUUCUAUUGUAGUAUUUUUCUUUUAAAAACAUAAAACAUUCAUUUUGUUGUA